AAAAAAAAAAAAAUGCAUUUUGAAAUGCAGAGGACUAGAUACCUGAAUGAUGAUUAUAUUGCUUGCUAAUGAAGGCCAAAAAAGUCCUAGAAAUGAUUUGAAUAAUUGGGACUGACAUCCCUUUUGAAGUAGAUGACAGCAGGGUAUCUAGACCAUAUUAAACAAUUCAACAAACUGCAAACUCUGAUGGCACCCCAUGGUAACAUUAUAAAUAGGGACAGUGGUAAAAAUGUGAAGAUCAGUACAGCUUCACACCAGAUAGGAAAAUGUCGAAAAAGAACCAAGAAGAAGAUGAGUUACCCUCAGAGUUCAAUAUAGAUUUUCUGUUUGAACGUACCAUGCGACAGAAUUGGAAAGUGGUCUUGAAAGUGUACCAGAAACAUCCCUAUGAUGCAGCCAAGGCUAAGCUCACCAAAUCUGAAGAGACGGCUUUGCACAUUGCUGUCUCAAGUUACCGUAAAGAUCAACCUAAUGCCAAAAAACUCGAGGGUAUCGUUGAUCAGCUGCUGGAAAUCAUUCGAAGGGAGCAUGUUGGAGAUGAAGUACUGAUGUUGAAGAAUGACAAAGGGAACACGCCCCUUCAUCUAGCCGCAGCCCUUGGAAGCGAGCGCAUGUGCCGUUGCAUAGUAGGGCAUGAUAAAGAGCUCAUCAACAACCGCAAUCUGAAGGGCGAAACUCCAUUGUUCCUGGCAGCUCAUCAUGGGAAGAAGGACACAUUUAUAUGCCUGCAUAAGCUUUACAAUGACAUUGGAGGUACAGAAUCAGAUGAUUCGCUUUGCAGAAGAAAAGAUGGUGAUACCAUUUUGCACUCUGCAAUCUCAGGAGAAUUCUUUGGUAAGAGACUAUUUUAUUUUUAUUUCUUUUUCCUCCUACCAACGACAUCAUCAAUAUUGAAUGACCUCAACAAUCUGUGUUUCCUUUGCUAUACAGAGCUGGCAUACCAGAUAAUUACUUAUUAUCCAAAGCUUGUCAAUUCUGUCAAUCAAGAAGGUUUUUCUCCUCUCCACUUCCUUGCCAGGAAGCCCAAUGUAUUCGAGAGCAGCAGCAAUCUUCGACUCUUUGACCGGUUCAUCUAUCGCUGUGCUGUUGUUCAUGAACUUGAUAAGCAUAAAUUUUCGCACAAAAAUAGUCCUUGUUGCAGAGAUGGUACCAACCACCCAGAGAAUUAUCAAACGUGUAUCAACUUCUUCACUCUACCAUGGGAUGCCUUCAGAGUAGUCGGUUGUAGUACAGGAGGACUACGUACGGAUGAAGAGAAUCCAAAAGAGAAAGAUCAGGCACAUCGAGGAGAAGUGUACAAGAAGAAAGCAUCGUUUCCUCCAAACUAUGCUACUGGUGUUCUCCUUUUCAAGUUAUUCAUCAACAUUCUACUGACCAUGUUCGGAACUGGCAUUUGGAGAAUCGGUAAGAUCAAAGAAAAGAAAGAAAGGAACAAAUGGGCUGCUGAGAUUAUGGAAAAAAUGAUUAAGCUGGAAUCAGACUACAAAUAUGAUCAUAACGGUGGAACACCAACCAGAGAAUUGGAACCAAUGUAUGCAGAACGAUUUGCUCCUCCAUCAGUGCCACCACCGGUUCCUGAUUCUCAUUCAACCAUAGAAAAUCAUAAUACUGAGAAAAAAUUCAAAGACAAGGAGCAGGAACACGAGAUUCAACAAGAGAUGGCUGUUCCUGACAUGGCGGGAAAGAAACAUGGAACGAUUCCUGGAACAAAGAAGGUCACAAAGGAAACUCCACUACUACUUGCAGCAAAGAUGGGUAUUACCGAAAUGGUAAAAAUGAUUCUGGACAUAUUUCCUGUAGCCAUGCAAGACUUGGAUGCAAAUGAGAAGAACGUAUUGCUUUUGGCAGUUGAGAACAGGCAAACAGAAGUCUACCAGUUAUUGCUGAAUAUGAAACUACCUGAAUUUGUGCUUUAUCAGGUGGAUGAUGAGGGAAACAGUGCAAUCCACCUUGCGGCAAAGUUCCAGAAACACCAGCCAUGGCGCAUUCCAGGUGCUGCACUGCAGAUGCAAUGGGAAAUUAAAUGGUAUAAGCAUGUUAAACGAACCAUGAUGCCCCAAUGUUUCAUUCAAUACAACAAGAAAGGUGAAACUGCCAAUGAAAUCUUCCGGAAGACACAUGUGACACUAGUAAAAGAUGGAAGUGAAUGGCUCAUUAAGACCUCCGAGUCGUGCUCCUUAGUAGCAGCACUUAUCGCAACAGUGGCAUUCGCGACUUCCUCAACAGUUCCAGGUGGUGUUGAUCAAAACAGCGGCCUUCCCAUUUUUGAAAAUCAGCCUGCAUUUCUAGUGUUCUCGAUAGCUUCAGUAGUAGCUCUAUGUUUUUCUGUCACUGCUUUGGUGUUUUUCCUAGCAAUCCUUACCUCAAGAUGCCAACAACAGGACUUCAGAUAUGAUUUACCAAGGAAGCUUCUUUUUGGAUUAAGUUCCCUCUUCACCUCAAUAGCUGCCAUUCUGAUCUCCUUCUGCGCAGGACAUUUCUUCCUUCUCCAACAUCAAGUGGAAAGUGCAGCAUAUCCAAUAUACACUGCAGCAUGUUUGCCAAUAACAUUCUAUGCUUUUGCUCAGCUGCCCUUGUAUUUCGAUCUCAUCUGGUCCAUUACAAGAAAGGUGCCCCUUCGUAGCUACAAGGUAUUUUACCUCUAGUACCAGAACAAUAUGUUUCCCUGGCUUCUUGUUUCAGGGACGAUGUAGCCCUUCCUGGAGCUCAAAUUGGAUGGUUCUGUAACCGUUUCUUUUGGUGAAUUCCAUACGACACUCGAAGUCUCCAAGAAUUUAGGCCAAAUGGGUUGCAACAUUUUGGCCUUUGGAAAUGGUUCCUGAUGUACUUUUUUCGCUCUUGACAAUUUGACACUACUAAUCCACAGACUAAAUGUACAAUGUCAAACGCAUGCAUUCUUAACAUUGGGGUAAAGCAUGAGGAUUAAACGUUGCACAUUCUAUAUUAUGGAGGUGACUGAAACUACAACUCUCACCUCUAUUUGUAUUUCAUCCUUUUGGCAACUUACGAGGUCACAAGAACUUGCAAGACCUAACAACUUCAAAGUCACUUCCUAAAAGAUACUUAGGUCAUAUACUGUUAAAGUCUCAAAUGCUUGUGCUAACCUUUACAGUUCUCGAACUUUGAACAAGCAGAAAGUCACCGAAACUAUUUG